CAUUUUGUUGUUCUUCUCCUUUGUCCCAACUUCAGGUUCUGUCAUUAAAUGGAUCAUAUUUUGGCGUCAGAAAUUAAUGGUUACCUUAAAUUAGUAACAAUUUAUUUCUCUUCCGAUGUUCAGGGUUGGCUCAUGGAACCUUCGCCUCUUCCCCUAUUCUGGUUACCAUGUUGUCUUCAUCAUGGAACGAAACACCUUCCUGACCUUCUAUAAAUACGGUCCGACCGAUGGAACAGAGUAUCAUUUCUAAUUCUUGAAACAUCCAAGUUACUUUUCGGUUUCCUUCACCAACGUUUAUCUAUUGAAAAUGAAGCUUUUCCUUGUUCUUGCUGCUUUGGUCGCUUGUGUCUCUGCUUACGAUGUCAAAGGAAUUAAGCCUCCUACAGGUAAUAGAAACUUUUACUUACCACCAAGUCGUCGAGCUGUUGCUUAUCCAGUAAACGAUGGUAAACCCGUUAGACAAACACCUUACGAUAAUGGUAAUUAUGGUAAAACUCAGGAACCAGCGAAAGGCUUCGAACCAGUUAAACCUUAUCAAGAUCCCGUUAAGAGUUACGAGCCAAUGAAAGGCUACCAGCCACAGAGACCAGUCUUUCAAAAGCCCGUUGAACAACAAGUGAAGGUACAAAAACCGGAGGUUCCUCCAGUUCCACAAGAACCACAAGCUCCAUCAGCACCUCAACCACCUCAACCUCAAGAUUUUGACUCCGAUGAUCAAUCUGAUAAUUUCGAUGGUCCAACACAACCAGCUUUAGGUUACGAUUCAUCAGAUGAUUCAGAGGACUCACUUGGCCCUCAAUCACCUUUUCCAUCAGCACCAAUUCCUCAAUCAUCAAUUCCCCAAGGAUCUGUUCCACAAGCCCCAGUUCUCCGAUCACCAACUGCUCGUCGACCUUACUAUCAACCCCAACAACAACAACAACAACAACAACCUCAAUAUCAACAAGCACCUCAACUUCAACAACAAUAUCCACAAGAACCUCAGGCUUAUCAACCCCAAUUAGCCCAAACACCUCAACAGCGUUACGAUGUACCACUUACUUAUGGCCGUCGACCAGCGACAACUUUACUUCGAACACCAAACGGUUUCCAUUCAUCCCCUGGACUCGCCGCUUACCCAAUGUACUAAUUCAUCAAACUAUAAACCAAUCAGGUGAAAACAAUUUUUCACUCAUAUCUCUUCAUCAAAUUACCUCUCCAUUAUUAUAAGAUGCACAUUUCUCAUUAAUAUUAAUCGAUCUCUUUCCCACUCCACCCAAUCCAAGAACAAAUUACGUUCAUCACGUACUCAUAAAUUGUAUUCAAUUAAAUAAAAAGAGACAAUCAAUGCAAA